AUGGAUAUUUCCGACAAAAACUUCAAGCCGUGCCCCUGUGGUUAUCAAAUCUGCCAGUUUUGCUACAACAACAUCAGGCAGAAUCCUGAGUUGAAUGGGCGCUGCCCUGGCUGUCGUCGUCUUUAUGAUGAUGAGUCGGUCGAGUACAAGACGCUCUCCCCUGAUGAGUACAAGAUGCAGCAGAUGCGCAAGGAAAAGCGAGAGCGCGAGAAGAAACAGCGUGAAAAGGAGCGGAAGGAGCUGGAAAUUGCGUCGAAGAAACAUUUGGCAGGCCUUCGUGUGGUUCAAAAAAACUUGGUGUACGUAACGGGUUUGAAUCCGCCUUGUGCGCCUGAGGAUUUGCAUUCAGUUUUGCGCCUGGACAAGUACUUUGGCCAGUAUGGAAAGAUACUGAAAAUGGUUGUGAACCGCAAGGCGCCGCUGCCAGCGGCUAAUAACAGCAUUGUUGUCUACGUGACAUUUGCACGCAAAGAAGAUGCAUUGCGCUGCAUCAACGAAUUGGAUGGGCUGCUUUGUGACGGGCGUGUUUUGCGGGCUGCCCACGGCACAACAAAGUACUGUCUGCUGUACUUGCGUGGCCACCCUUGCCCAAAUCCUAAUUGCAUGUUUUUACACGAGCCGGGCGAAGAAGCAGACUCGUAUACCCGCAAGGACUUGUCUACACACCAAGGUAUCAAAAUGGGCAUGCGUACAUCGGGAGGUGGCCACUAUCCAUUCGGUGAUGAUGAAUCAGAGGAGGGUAGUCCUGCGCAUGCACCAGUGCUUCCAGCAACAGCACAUUGGGCCAAGAGCCAGGCGCCUGCAAGUGCAAGUGCAUCACCACUGGCACCUACGGUGGCUGUAGCUAACCCAGCGGCGUUCCCGGCCUUGAGUGAGAUAUUCAAGGAGCAGAGACUGCAAAAGAAGGAUGCUAAAAAGAGUAAAGGGCGUGCUCGCGACGGUGUUGUAUUGCCUGACGAUAUCGAUGUCGACGACCAUCUGGCGGCGGUCACAGCAGCUGAUACACGUGAGCGCAUGCUUGCUCUUGCAGAUGCUCGUCAAUCCUUACAAGUGUACUUUGAUGAUUUGGGCGAUGGUGCAUUACCGUUGUUCCACUACGAUGCAACUGUGGAUACUUCGGCGCGUGCGGUGUUGGACGAUGAGCGCGUGCUUGCACGUCUGCUUAUAGAGCGGUUUCUUUUGCGGCCUAUCAAAAAGUAUCACUUGGCAUAUGCUAAUCAUCCAGUAAGUCAACAGCAGCAAAUGUUAAGUCAGCAGGCACAAAUGCAAACCCAAGCGCAGUCCCAUGCACAGGCGCAAGCCCAAGCUCAGGCGCAGGUUCAGGUGCAAGCUCAGGCUCAGACACACAUUCCGCAACCUCAGUUACAGGCCCAGAUGGCCCAAAUGGCCCAAAUGUCUCAGAUCCCACAGUCGCAACAGCCACCACUGGAAGAUGCACAGCAGCUCUUCUUAAUGCAACUCCAGCAAAACCAGGGAAAAGCUCACCCACAUCUUUCUGCUCAGCUAAAUGCAUUGCGCAUGAGUGACCGUGCACGCACCGCUACUCCACCACCUCCCGGUUUGUUUAGCAGACCAGAAGUGCAGUCGCAACCAGAACCUCUGUCUUCUAGCUCGCAGUUGUUGACACAGUUGAUGAGUGGCAAAAAGUAG